AUGACGCUCGCCAAGCCCUCCACUCUGCUUUUCCUGCUGGUCGUCACAACCACAUGGCAGCCCAGCAUCCAAGAAACGGCUAAGGAAGGCUCCUCCGUCGGCGGUUCCGGAUCCAAAACGAAGGUCGAGCCAAUGUCGGGAGGCAUAACGCUGCCCGACCUCUUCUUGUGGAGGGACUCCGGGAUCGUAACAGACCUGGGCAUGGACGACGCGCCGCACGCCCUGCUGGACGUCCAAUAUGGCAACCUACUGAUCUCGGAACUCAACCAGACGUACACGCCCGCGCAGACCUCCAACGCCCCGACGGUCAAGCUGAGGGGCUACUUGAGGUGCGGUCCUCCGUUUUCGCUGCUCAUGGUUGACCCGGACGCGCCCAGCAGGAAGCAACCGACAAAGCCAAGCGUCAGCACCGUCCACUGGAUGGUGCUCAACGCAAACAGUGACGAAAAGUUUCACGAGGGUGACGAGGCCGUGUCGUACAGGGGCCCGAAGCCUCCCCGAGGGUCGGGACCCCAUCGUUACGUGUUGCUGGUCUACUGUCAGGACGGCCAGAUUCUGAGCAAGGCCGACAUGGCGCCCAGUGACAGGCGCGGCUACAAACUCUCUACAUUCGGCAGGAAAUUGAAAACCAAAUUGGCGGUAGCGGGCGCAUUCUUUUACGCUGAGAACAAAUGA